UCUGGCAAUAAUGUUCAGGCCGAGUAAUUUUACAACAUCAGUCAUCAGUACUUUACUUUAAAGAAGCCUCUAUGUUUACAAAUAAAACAAGGCAAUGGCGCCAGACUAGACCAGACUUGGCACACCUGCACAUCUUACCGUUGAAAGGUGUUAUUUUGCUAUUUAUUAGGGUAGCCUUCGUUGUGGUCAGCGCUACUGGUAUAUCAGAAGGGAACUCUCAUCACACACCAGCGGAGAAAAUCCACAUUCUGCGGGCCGAUAAAUCUCAAACAGCACGAUCUUCCUACAAUCCAUUUGAAAUAAAAAGUAAAAGCAGGGUGAUUUCCCCAGUUGUUACUAGGAAGAUGGAAAAAGAGCCGGGUGACAAGGUUGGAGAUUCAGAAAACGUUGACGCAAUCGAGACCCCCGGUGGUCCAACUUGUUCUGUCGACAAAAUGGGAAAUGACGUAGACUGCCGGGACAAAUCCAAGACUGUAGAUUCAGAAAAGGUUGACACCGAGACCCCCAGUGAUCCAGCUUGUUCUGUCGACAAAACAGGAAAUGACGUAGACUGUCCAGAUAAGUCUGAGACCAGAGAUUCAGAAAAGGUUGACACCAAGACCCCCAGUGGUCCAACUUGUUCAUUCGAUAAAACAGGAAAUGAGGUAGACUGUCCAGAUAAGUCUGAGACCAGAGAUUCAGAAAAGGUUGACACCAAGACCCCCAGUGGUCCAACUUGUUCAUUCGACAAAACAGGAAAUGAUGUAGACUGUCCAGAUAAGUCUGAGACCAGAGAUUCAGAAAAGGUUGACACCAAGACCCCCAGUGGUCCAACUUGUUCAUUCGAUAAAACAGGAAAUGAGGUAGACUGUCCAGAUAAGUCUGAGACCAGAGAUUCUGAAAACGUUGACACUGUAAGCGAGACUACCAGUGGUCUAACUUGUUCCCUGGACAAAGCAGUAACUGACAUGGAUUGGCAGGACGAGUUUGAGGCUGAGAGUGUACAGAACCAAUAUGGAGGACCAACUAUAAAAUAUUCUCUUGGUGAUUUCAAUACAGAUUCAGAGGAAGACUGUGAUACAGAAACAGAUGAGAUGGCCUCCAAGGAUGAUAAAUCUGAUGAGUACAAGAGGGAACCUGCUGGCAAGAAGUACAAGCAGACGACUCUGAACUUUGGUGGCCGCGUGGCUUCCAGGCACGCCAGGGCGGCCAAGAGGCCGAAAGGCGAACCGGAGAGGUGGCGUCUGACCAAGCGACUGAGCGACCGAGACACCCAGGCAUACAGGGACGGCUACCCGGGCAAGGAAGACAACCCCAGGCUGAAGGCCAACCUUUUGUUUUAUCAAGGAAAAAGAAGCAGCUCGCCUGACGGGGCGUUGAUAGAUGACAUUCACCAGGACUGGUGGGGUAACUACCGACUUUUGGAGCGACAUCAGGGGUACAUCCAGUGGAUUUUCCCCAUCAGGGAAGACGGGAUGAACUGGCAAGCCCAGUCGUUGCAGCUGCAUGAGGCAGAGGCCAUCAGGAACGAUCCCAAAGCCAAGGACAGGGUCCUGAGGUCGUACGAGAUGAUGCUGGACUUCUACGGCAUGGAGCUGAAGGACGCGGACACGGGGACAUUGAGGAGGACCAAGAACUGGGAAGAUCGCUACGACAAUUUGAGCUGGUCAUCCCACAACUACCUUCGCAUCACCCGCAUCCUCAAGUCCCUGGGGGAGCUGGGCUUUGAGCACUUGAAGAAACCGUUCCUGCAGUUUGUGUUGGAAGAGGCCUUGGUAACCACGCAGCUCGAAAGGACUCUAAAAAGCUGCCGCGACUAUUGGAUAGGAACGGUGAAAAAUGACGCAGACAGAGAGGAACUGUACCGUUACAUCGAAGAACAUUCCUAGUCGGAGACAGCUGCAGACGAUUGGUCGCUGUUAAGGACAUGCGGGCUGACCCAGAUUUCGUGGGUUUCCAGAAAUCUUGACCUACACCAAAAGUAAACGUUGCCCUACCUAUAGGAGAGGAAUUGUUUCAUUGGUGUGUAUAUUUGUUUGGUUAUAGAGAAAACUCUCCUUGUCUUUUAAAGGAACUGAACAAGGGUCCAAAAACUUUACCUUUGAUUUUCUCAAAGCAGAAUUUUUCAGGAUAGCCCCAUUGUGCAAGCGACCACAUGGACCUAAAAGAGGUUAUGCCAAAAAAUAAAAA